AUGGCUCCCGAGGAGUUCUCCGGCUCCACCGACUACGAUUACCCACCGCUGACGAACGUGACGGGGAACUGGGAGGUUUUCUCCAAGUGGGAGGUCUUCUUCAUGACUGUCUUCAUCCCUGUCCUCUACUCCUUCAUCUUCUUCCUCGGCCUCUUGGGGAACCUCUUCGUCAUCGUGCUGAUGGCCAAGAGGAGCGGAGGCAGGAGCGUGGAGCGCUACCUGGUCAUCAGGAAGGUGCUGGACACCAAGACGGUGGGUUCCCAGAGGCACAUCCGCAUCACCUGCGGCAUCAUCUGGACCAUGUCCCUCCUCCUGGGCGCCCCGUCCCUGGUGUACCGGCGGCUGGAUGGGGACGACUGCUGGGAUGAAGAUGGAGAGGACUUCAGCCUGGCCAUGGUCUUCCUCACCUUCCUCCUGCCCUUGGGAGUCAUCUCCUUCUGCUACUGCUCCAUCUACUGCCGGCUGCAGCGUCAUGUCCGGCUGGGCAGGGGCAUCCGGCGUUCCCACUGCGCCGUCGUCACCAUCGUUGCAGCCUUCCUCUGCUCCUGGUUGCCCCUCAACGCCUGCAAGGUGCUGCUCUUCUUCCUUGCCAAGGGGACGCUGGUCCUGUCGCAGGGGCAGGAGGUGGCCCUGAG